GGCGGGCAGGCGUGCACGAUGCUGGUGCGGACCCUGCACUGGAUGGUGCCGUCAUACGCCAUCUGGGGCUUGCCAUUCUUCCUGUUUUACUCGACACGUUUCUCCCAGCUCUUCUACGAGCGGCCCAACCAGAGCUUCUUCAGAUCCCUCCUCUGCCGCCUCAUGAGCCCACUGCGGGCAGGGGUGUCGAAGUUCAUCGAGUCGUACCUGUUGUGGAAGCUGCCGCUGGGCAAGUACGGUCUGACGCCGGACCACCCCUUUGUCGAGGACUACGCCAGCUGCCAACUGGCCUUCCUCCCGGAGGGCUUCUUCGACAUGGCUGACCACGGCCUGGUGCGCUUCAAGAGGGCCCCCGACGGGUGGUGGCUCUCGGAGAUCGGCGUCGUCCUCGAAGACGGCACCGGGGUGGAGGCCGACCUCGUCUUCCUCGCCACCGGCUUCGAGGGCACGGACAAGCUCCGCGAGGUCCUCCCUAAGCCCUUCCGCGGCCUCCUCGUCGACGAGUCCUCCAUGAUGCCCCUCUACCACGGCACGAUCCACCCGCUGAUCCCGAACAUGGCAUUCGUGGGGUUCGUGGAGAGCGCAUCGAACCUGCACACGUCGGAGCUGCGGUGCCGAUGGCUGGCGGGGCUGCUGGAGGGGCGGUUCGAGCUGCCUACCGUGCAGGCCAUGAUGAGGCACGUCGCCGGCGAGGCCGACGCCAUGCGUCGCACCACGCGGUUCUACCGCCGGCACUGCAUCUCCACCUACAGCAUCCACGACAGCGACGGCAUGUGCGCCGACCUGAGCUCCGCCACGCACCGCAAGACCAACUGGAUCUCCGAGCUCUUCGCUCCAUACAACAAGGAGGACUACAAGCAACAGUAACUACAUUUACUCGACCGCGUCAAUGGGCAAGCGUAGAGUACUUACGUGGUUCUGGGUUAAUGUACUCGACCGCAGCUAGCUACAAUAAUAUCGCUAAUAAGAAUUUCUAUAGACGUA